ACGUCAAAAAACGUACUAAUACGUAAAUUUCGUAUUGACGUGUUUAAAACGGUCAAAAAACGUACAAAUACUUUUUUUGUGUUUAAAUGGUCAUAAAACGUAUAAAUACGGGUUUUGACCAUUUAAACACAUCUUGAUUGUUAACCGUCUUAAACAUGUCUUAUGUUUACUGGGGAAAACUUGGAUCAUGAAUACUAAAAUGCAGUUGAAAAGCAUUUUAAAUUUGAAGCCUUCUGACCACACAGCUGUUAUAUUUGAUGAUGGCAACCAAUGUGAUAUAAUGUCUUAUAAACAAUUUCUUUUUGAAGCACAACAAGCCCAAAUUGAAUUGAAAUCUAAAAUUACUCUUGAGCCAUCAAUAAUUGGAAUUCUAUGUCCUCACAGUGUAUACACUCCUUUAUUGGUGUAUAUCUGCCUGCUAACAGAAAAUCCAUUUAUAACUUUAUCUCUAGAUUCUAGUUUAUGGAUUUCAACACUGAAAAAUUGCAAUGUUCGAUAUAUUUUUGUUCACAAAAGUAUUUUAUCACAGAUUUCUGGUAUGUUAAAAAUUUUUAUAGAAAAAACUGUUCCUAUUUCUUCAUUGGGUGGAUUAUAUACUAUUUUGGAACUCAAACUAGGUAUAAAUAAUGGCAUAUCAAAUGAAUUUACUUAUAUUGUACAAAGUUCUGGUACCACUGGAACACCUAAAACUAUAUUUGUACCUGAAAGAUGUUUUGUUCCAAAUUUAAUAGAUUUUCAGAAUCUUUUUAAUAUGCAAGAAUCUGAUGUCAUAUUUGUUUCUUCUGCGUUAACAUUCGAUGCUUCAAUUGUUCAGAUAUUUUUGGGAUGGUGUUCAUUCUCAACAUUGCUUGUUGUAACAGAUAAACUAAGGAGUCACCCAGAGAAAAUUUCUAAGUGUUUGGAAAAGCAUGCUGUCACAUUUUUACAGUGUACCCCAUCAUUUUUGGGAUUGAUUGGGAGCCAUUUUCAAGAAAAGUAUUUGUUUUAUAAUGGCAGCAAAUUGAAAAUAUUGGUUUUGGGUGGGGAGUCUUUUCCAUCAAAAGAAAAGUGUGGCAAAUGGAAAAAGGCUUUACCUCAGUUGCGUCUUUUUAAUUUAUAUGGAACUAGUGAGGUUUCAGCAUGGGCUAGUAUAUAUGAAGUCACCAAUGAUCAAUUUCAUACAGAGAGGCAAACUUUAGAUUCAGACUGGGUUCCCAUAGGAAAACCAUUGAGUAAAACUAUAAUUAAAGUAAACGAUUUAUACGGAAAUGCAUUGAAACAUGGGCUUGGUAAAAUAUGGAUUGGGAGUGAAGAAAGAGUUUGUAGAAUAACAGAAUCAGAAGAGCCAGCUUUUGACAGCUGUAUCAUGAGAGCAACGGGUGAUUUAGGUUUUAUAGAGGGAGAACAGAUAUAUUAUAGUGGAAGGUAUGAUGACCAAAUAAAACGUAAUGGAUUAUUUAUAUCCACAAUCCAUAUUAACAAUAUAGUAAGAGAUAUUCCAGGAGUAAAGGAUUGCUUCUCAACUGUUGAUAAAGAAAUUAAUAAUAUUUUGAUAGUAUAUUAUGUUCCUGAAAACGACAUUAAAGUCAAUAUUUUUGAGUUUAUGUUAACAAGAUAUCCUUCACAAUAUAUUCCUGACAAAAUUGCAUCAGUGGAUUGCUUUCCUUUAACAAUGCAUGGUAAAAUUGAUAAAAAUGCAUUGAGAAAAAAGUUAAAAAAUGUUUCUAACUGGAAUUUAAAUGACAUAAUAAGGAAUAUCACAAAGUCUUGGAAUGAAGCUUUAAAAAUUAGUCCAGGAGACUCAGUAUCUGCAGAAAUUGAGUUUUCUAUAUUAGGCGGAAAUUCCUUUAUUGCAGCAUAUCUUGUUAAUAAAUUUUUAGACUUUUUUCCUUAUCAAAUUAAUUUUGAAGAAAUAUUUAUUAAAAUUUUAACAAGUUCAUUAAAUCAAUUUAUUCAUUUCAUUUCCUCGUAUGUUCAUGUUGAUGUUAAAAAUAAUAUUGAAGAUAAGGCAAGCUAUAUUGUAAAGUUUGAUGGAGAGAGAUGUAAAUGUUUUGAUAAAGACAAAUGUUUUUGUAAUAAAUUAGUAAAGUGCAACUGUUUUACUUCUUUUUUAAAAGCACAUACUAUCCAAACUUGUAUGUGUCCAAAAAAAUAUUUAGGGUUUCAAAAUAAUAAUUUUUUAACUUCAAAAUUUAACAUAUCAUUGAGUUUAGAGUGGAAAUUUGAUACACAAAAGUGCGUUGAUGCCUCUCCACUUUUGGUAUUUUAUGACAACUCAUCUGAUGGAAUUGUUUACAUUGGAUCUCACUCUUAUAUCUUUGUGGCUUUGAACUUAAAAAAUGGAAAACUAUUAUGGAGGCAAAUUUUAGGGGGUCGCAUAGAAUCUUCUGCCAUAGUUUCUCCUGAUGGAAAGUUUAUAUGUGUUGGCUGUUAUGACGGUUUUAUUUAUGCACUUCAUUAUGGAACAGGAGAAAUCUACUAUAAGUUUAAGACUAAUGAUAUUGUUAAAUGUACACCUGCUCCAUCUAAAAAACAUAGGCUGAUUAUUGUUGGUUCUUAUGAUAAACAUAUUUAUGCGCUUGAUGUUGCUCAGAAAGUAUGCAAAUGGAAGAUAAAAUUUAAUAGUUCAUGUUUUGCUUCACCUUUGAUUAUAGACGAGCAGAAUAUUGUUAUUGUAGCAUUAUUAUCAGGUUCUUUGUGUUCAAUUAAUGCAGAAACUGGUGAAAAAAUUUGGGAAAUAAAUUUUAAUGAUAAACCUUUAUUUUCAUCACCAACUUUAUGUAGAAAUCUUAUUUUAAUUGGUUGCGUUGAUGGCAAUUUAUAUGCUAUUGAUUUAAAUGGUAAAAAAUUGUGGAACUUCACUACAAAAGCUCCAAUAUUUUCAUCUCCUUUGAUUAUAUAUGAACGAGAAGCAUUGAUUUUUAUUGGAAGCAAUGAUCAGAUCAUUUAUUGCUUAAAUGAACAAGGGUUUCUACUAUGGAAAUACAAAACAAGCUCUUCAAUAUUCUCUAGCCCAUCUGUUUUACAUGUUAGCUCUUUAGAAAAUAACAUGCUGCAAUUUGAGAUAAGUGUUGUCAUCCUUGUAUCAAGCACCGAUGGUCAUGUUUGUGCAUUAAAGUUUGAAUAUUAUCCUCAAUAUGAACUUCAAUCUAAAUUUUCUAUUGAACAUGCUGCAAAAAUAAAAAGUAAAGAUACAGUAAAUGAAAAAUUACCUAUAGAUAGUACUGAAAGAUUAUUUGUAAGUGAUACGUCGGUGAUUGAGGUAUCGUGCAUUGGUGCAUAUAAGUUUCCUGCUGAGAUAUACUCUUCACCCAUUGUGUGCAACAAUAAAAUCAUUGUUGGAUGUCGUGACAACAAUGUUUAUUGUAUGAAUAUUGAAUUAUAGUAAAGUUUUGUUUUGAUUUAUCUUUAUGUAAGUUUAUAGUAUCUGCAUUUAAGUUUCUUAUGUAUAUAAAAGUGAAAUCUAUUCUAACUUGUCAAAAAAAUUAGUUAUUUU